UCUUUUCUCAAUCAAUACUUAUUUUCAGCAUAUAUAGAUUUUGACUAUCUCAAUGGCCAAGUCCAAAACCUUCAUGCUUAGUAUUUUGCGCAUUGCCCUCGCCCUCCUCUUCUCCUCAUUCGCAGCAGCAGAAGAAGAACCUCGUUUCGAUCGAAACUUGUCUCCGAAAUCUCUGGGUCUCCGAAAGGAGAAGCUCACCCACCUUCGCUUCUACAUGCACGACGUUAUGAGCGGGCCAAAGCCCACGGCGGUCAAGAUAGCCGAGGCCCAGAUGGCCAACACUUCCUCCUCAUUUUUCGGACUCCUGGACAUGGCCGACGACCCGUUGACCGCGGGGCCCGAGCCUGAAUCGAAACUGGUGGGAAAGGGCCAAGGAAUGUUUGGCUUUGCGGACCAGAACGAGUUAGGGCUUGUGAUGCUCUUCAACUUCGCGUUCACGGAAGGCAAAUAUAAUGGCAGUACCCUAAGCAUGUUGGGGCGGAACAUGGUGCUCACCGCCGUGAGGGAAAUGCCGAUUGUUGGCGGGAGCGGGGUUUUCCGGUUUGCACGUGGCUAUGCUCAGGCCAAGACUCACACUCUUGAUGCCAAGACGGGGGAUGCUGUUGUAGAGUUCAACGUUUACGUGUUCCAUUAUUAGCUUGUGCAGCUUGACUCGAUAUACUGCAUGCUUUUGUUAUCCGAUUCUUGUCUUAACUGUCUCCUUUUUUAUUCGUUUGUCCAUGCUUUUGAAGAUAACAACUUAGAAACGAUGGUGAGUACUGGUGUAAAUGUCUAAUUAAAUUAGUCAUAAAUAUUUGAUAAGAAAAUUAAUGAGUAAA